AUGAUGCGGUCGGGGCUUCAGAAACCUGGGGCCAUUCCAUUUCUUGCUCUCUUGGUCUUUUCGCUAUUUAGUUUGGUGCCGUCGUUCGCAAAGGAAUGGGAUUUCUACAACGUCAACCUGGGGUAUAUUGGCUAUCGCAAUGACGUUCGACAUGUCUCUCGGGUAAAAGAUAACUGGGCCGAUGUUCGAACAAGAUCUCGGGUUUCUGGGAGUAGCUGGAAGCCAUGGCUCCUAGAUGGAUAUUAUCAGGGGUUCUAUGAGCGCAAAGCCCGUCCGCGACGUUGUGCGGUGGACGCGCCGUCUCGGAGCUCUUUUGAGGCUGCUGCCGUCUUCGAUACCGAUCCUUUGGCAUUUCCGGCCCGAGAAUCCUCGGCUUUCACUCGGGGAGUCCGCGCUUUUAAGGCAUUGGUUAUCAGGCAGCCGGAUGAGUCGCAGUUACAUCCAACCUUUGCAGCGGAGGGUGAUGCCAUCGAGCAAUUGCCUACGCGACUCAGUGCCCUCGCCAAUUUCUCAGUUACACCAGCUGCUCCUCUCGACGACGGACCUUUCGGGGUGUCGCCUACCCGCAAUUCCAUGAUACCAGCCACCAGCAGCGUGGUUGAUGUAUCUCGAUGGUUGCUAGGGUUGUCCCGUGCCUCAUGGCAGCAGGUCUGCCGCGCGGGGAGCGAGUAUCUGGAGAACAUGACUGCUUGGCAAGCCCGCCAGCCCAACUUCGACCUCUCACAACACGACAACCACACCACCUCCUCACAUCCAACAGUCCCACAUAACCAAACACCCCGCGAACAACCUAUACCCCCGAAAGCAGUAGUCGUGAAUAAUCGCGACGACACCGCUGACGACGCCAGUCAAUCAGCAUCUACACCAAUCGCCACGCCGCCCCCGCCGGCUCUCUCCCCCAACAGCACCGCACCGACUGCCGGACAGUCCAAAGUCGCGGGAUUCCAGCAGGAGACCGAGCACAUGCGCCGGGGUAGCUGCAUGGCCAUAGUGAUCGGCCUAGUGGUGGGCGUGAUGUGGUUUUAA